AUGAAGUUCGCCUUCGGUACCUUGGUCUGCCUCGCUGCUGCGCUCAUCCCAGCUGCUCAGGCCAGCGUCGAUAUCACCUUCACUUCCAGCAAGUUUAGCCGCCGCGAUGUUGCUGAGGUCGCCCAGGUCCAGCCUAACCCCGAGUUCGGUAUCUUGCUCGCCAAUGUGUACCUCAAGCACGGCGGUAAAGGUCUUCCCGCUCCCAAGGACGUCAAGACGACCUACCCUGACUGCAAGUGGAGACACUACAACCGCACCUACGGCUGGAUGGACGAGAACAACGUGCAGUGCUACUUGUCGCCUUCGUACAAGUACCAUGCGUACUCGAGCUCGAUUGCCUUCAAAGUUGGCCCCAGUCUGGAAAGGGGUGCUUGCGCCGACACGCCCAAUACUGACAAGUACCCCGAGAACCCCAGGUACAGCAUUUCGGUUCCUUACCUGUACAUGAACAACCUGUACGACCGACGCUGCAAGGUGCGCGCCAUGGUCAAGGUGCCCAAGACGGACGAGCAUGUCGAGUACUGGGUGCAGGCUUGGGUCGUCGAGCAUGACAUUGGCUCUACGAACCUCGACGGCAAGGUUGUCCCCAACGGUCCUCAGGAAGGCAUCAUGGUCGACACGGGCCUGUACCCCAAGUUCUUCGACAAGGCCGAGCAGGACCCCAGCUACGGCAAGACGAUCCCCGAGGUCGAGUGGUUCUUCCUCGACAUCAACACCAUGGGUGCCGGCCUUGGGCCUGGCCAGAAGGAGUGCAAAUCGGACAAGACCGUCUCGGCCUCGUCGCUCUGA